CCCUAGCCUAGCCCAGCCUCCCCUGCUUUGCGGCGCGCCAGAGCGAGCGAGAGCACGCCAGCCAAAACCCACGAGAUGGAUCGGCGCAAGGGCAGCGGCAGCCGCGACGCCAACGGCGGCCUCGCGGAGGCGACGGCUUCCAGGCUCAGGUUCGAGGACGCCGACGAGGCGGCGGGGGAGGUGGGGAUGGAGGUGGAGGAGAGCACCCCCGCCGCCGCCGCCGCGGAGGAGGAGGUCAUCGGCAACGACAAGACCAGCGCCGACUACUACUUCGACUCCUACUCCCACUUCGGUAUUCAUGAAGAAAUGCUAAAAGAUGUUGUUCGGACAAGGUCAUAUCAAAAUGUCAUCACCCAGAAUAACUUUCUUUUCAAGGACAAAAUAGUCCUUGAUGUUGGCGCUGGAACCGGUAUCCUAUCACUUUUUUGUGCGAAGGCAGGAGCUAAGCAUGUCUAUGCGAUUGAAUGCUCCCAGAUGGCAGACAUGGCAAAGGAAAUUGUGAAGACAAAUGGAUUUUCUGAAGUCAUUACGGUAAUUAAAGGGAAAGUUGAAGAAAUUGAGCUUCCCGUCCCGAAAGUAGAUGUCAUAAUCUCUGAAUGGAUGGGUUAUUUCCUCCUGUUUGAGAAUAUGCUGGACACUGUUCUUUUUGCACGUGAUAAAUGGCUGGCUGACGAUGGAGUUGUCCUGCCAGACAAAGCCUCUUUACAUCUUACUGCAAUAGAAGAUGCAGAAUAUAAGGAGGACAAAAUUGAAUUUUGGAAUAAUGUGUAUGGCUUUGAUAUGAGCUGUAUUAAGAAACAGGCAAUGAUGGAGCCACUUGUAGAUACUGUGGAUCAAAAUCAGAUCGUCACUAACUGUCAGUUACUAAAGACUAUGGAUAUUUCCAAGAUGUCAUCUGGGGAUGCGUCAUUUACUGUGCCGUUCAAAUUGGUAGCAGAGCGUAACGACUUCAUCCAUGCUCUUGUUGCUUAUUUCAACGUGUCAUUCACCAAAUGCCAUAAGCUGAUGGGCUUCUCGACAGGGCCCAGAUCAAAAUCCACUCACUGGAAGCAGACUGUUCUGUAUCUCGAGGAUGUAGUAACCAUCUGCGAGGGGGAGACUCUGUCGGGCAGCAUGACAGUUGCGAACAACAAGAAGAACCCUCGAGACAUCGACAUUACGCUGAAAUACGCCAUAAAUGGCAAUAGGUGCAAGGUGUCUAGAACACAACACUACAAGAUGCGAUGACCAAUGCGAGGAACUCAGCGGUUGUGCAGUCCACUCAAUUUUGGUUGACUGAUUAUCUUGUGUUUCACAAAAAAUGAUAUUUGUUCCUCGGGUCUUGUAUUUUAAACAUGCGCUUGUCAGGCACCUAGGCAACAAAGUAGAAAGUAGAGUUUGACUGGCAUGCUUAUGUAGGUUGCUAUGUUGCAAAUCUAUCUUGUGUUGUGUGGCAGGGAUUUUUUGGAAUUGUUGUAUACGUUGUGUCAAAAUGGAUCCAUAAUAGAUCACCACGCUCGCAAUUUAUGGGUUA